AUGACCUUCGGUCUGGAGCCCACCCAUGGCAGGGCCCCCAGGGGCUUUUACAGCCCAGACUCCUCCUCACCACAGUCACCUGCUGCUCUCUGGACAGCUGGGUCCCCUGGCUGGACCUGGACCCCACAGCUCUGCAAGGCCCCUCGCGAGGCAGUGUGCGACUUCCUGUGUGACUGCCAGGGCUGUGCCGAUGAGGCCCAGUGUGGUCACCACGGAGCCGCCUCAGGCACCUCGUUCUCCUGUGACUUCGAGCAGGACGCCUGUGGCUGGCAGGACAUCAGCACCUCAGGCUACAGCUGGCUGAGGGACCGGUCUGGAGCCACACUGAGUGGCCCAGGGCCACAUGCAGACCACACUCGGGGCACUGACCUAGGCUGGUACAUGGCUGUGGGCACCCACCGCGGGAAGGAAGUGGCCACGGCGGCCCUGCGCUCCCCGGUCCUGCAUGAGGCUGCCCCGGCCUGUGAGCUACAGCUGUGGUACCACGUGGGCUCUGGAGAUGCGGCUGAGCUGCGGCUAGAGCUGACCCACGGCACCGAGACCUUGACUCUGUGGCACCGGGCCGGCCCGGGGGGCCCCGGCUGGCAGGAGCUGAUGGUCAACACUGGCCGAGUCCGGGGCAGCUUUUGGGUGACCCUGUCGGCCACUCGCAACGCCACCCACAGGGGCGCCGUGGCUGUCGAUGAUGUGGCCUUCCGGGCCUGUGCGCUGCCAGCCCCCCAGGCACACUGCCCCCUGGGUCACCACCGCUGCCAAAACUCAGCCUGUGUGGAGCCGCAGCAGCUGUGCGAUGGGGAGGCCGACUGCAAGGACGGCUCGGACGAGGCCCCAGCAGCCUGCAGCAGCCACACCACCGCUGACUUCGAGUCGGGCCUGGGCCUGUGGAACCAGUCUGAGGGCUGGUCCCGGAACCGCAGCGCCGGGGGACCCCAGCACCCCAGCUGGCCGCGCCGUGACCACAGCCGUAACAGCGCUUGGGGCUCCUUCCUGGUCUCCCAGGCCCCGCCCGGCUCCCCGGCUCUGCUCUCCAGCGCCCUGUUCCAGGCUUUGGAGCUGCACAAUUGCUCACUCACCUUCUACCUCUACCUGCACGGCUCCGAGGCUGGCUGCCUGCAGCUCUUCCUGCAGCCUGGCAGCCCCAGCGCCCCCGGGACCCCCACCCUGCUGCGCAGGCGCCGUGGGGAACUGGGGGCCGCGUGGGUGCGAGACCGGGUGGACAUCCACAGCCCGCACCCCUUCCGAAUCCUCCUGGCUGGGCAAACGGGCCCAGGGGGUGUCGUGGGCCUGGACGACCUCAUCCUGUCAGAGCACUGCAAGCCUGUCCCAGACACACCCCAUUUGCUUGCCGUGCUCCGGGCCCCAGCACCUCUCCCCGGGGACAUCUGUAAGCCGGGACAUUUGGCCUGUGGGGACCUCUGUGUGCCCCCGGAGCAACUGUGUGACUUCCAGCCGCAGUGCACGGGGGGCGAGGACGAGCAGGAGUGUGGUGCUUUGGACUCCGAGGCACUCACAGCUGGGGGCUGGGAGGACGCCAGCGCGGGACGGCUGCAGUGGGCAUGGCAGCAGGCCCCGAGGAGGCACGGGACACGGGCGACAGGGCCUGUCUUGUCCAUCCAGAAGGCCUGGGGUCAGCUGUCAGCCGAGGCUCGCACCCUCACGCCUGCCCUGGGUCCCUCGGGCCCCGGCUGUGAGGUGCACCUGACUUAUCACUUCCAGAGUUGCCCGCAAGGCUUCCUGGCACUGGCCGUGGUGGAGGGCGACAGCCGGGAGUCGGUGUGGCAGGCCUCGGGCAGCAGCCCGGCCUGGGAGGUGGCCGUCAUCCCGCUGGGGGCCCGUGGCCAGCGCUUCCGGCUGGAGCUGACGGGCCUGCUGAACCUGGAGGGGCCCGGCCAGCAGGGCGCAGAGGUGGCCCGGGUGGCCCUGAGGAACUGCAGCCCAACUGCCAUCAGUGCCAAGGACGAAGAGGUCUCCUGCAACUUCGAGCGGGACAUGUGCGGCUGGUACCCUGGCCACCUCACCGACGCCCACUGGCAGCGGCUCCAGAGCCAGGGCCCCGAGUACGACCACACCACAGGCCGAGGCCACCUGAUGCUCCUGGACCCCACCAGCCCUCCGGCCCGGGGCCCGGAGGCGCUCCUGCUCACACGGCCCCAGACUCCAGCCACUUCUCCCCAGUGCCUGUCCUUCUGGUACCGCCUCUCAGGGCCCCAGAUCGGGACGCUGCGCCUGGCCCUGAGGCGGGAAGGAGAGGCUGAGACCACGCUGUGGUCCUGCUCGGGCACCCAGGGCAACCGCUGGCACCAGGCAUGGGCCACACUCCUCCACCAGCCGGCCUCCGACGCCAAGUACCAGCUCCUGUUCAAGGGUCUCCGGAAUGGCUUCCACGGCACCAUGGCACUGGACGAUGUGGCCGUGCGGCCAGGCCACUGCUGGGCCCCCAAGCAUUGCUCCUUCGAGGACUCUCAGUGCGGCUUCACAGGGGACCAGGACCUCUGGCGGCGUCAGAACAAUGCCACAGGCCACGCCACCAAGGGCCCCCCCGUGGACCACACCACCCAGACCGCCCAGGGGCACUACAUAAUGGUGGACACGAGCCCACAGAUCCUGCCCAGCGGCCACGUGGCCUCACUGACCUCAGAAGAGCACAGCCCACUGGCCCAGCCCGCAUGCCUGACCUUCUGGUACCACCUGAGCGCCCAGAACCCAGGCACACUGCGGGUCAGUGUGGAAGGGGCCCUGCAGGAGUCGCCGCUGAGCAUCAGUGCCCACGGGGGCUUCGCCUGGCGCCUGGGCAGCGUGGACGUGUGGGCCGAGCGCACCUGGAGGGUGGUGUUCCGGGCAGUGGCCGCAGGCGUGGAGGACUCCUACGUGGCCCUGGAUGACCUGCUUCUCCAGGACGGGCCCUGCCCGCGGCCAGCCUCCUGCGACUUUGAGGCGGGCCUGUGUGGCUGGAGCCACGUGCCAUGGCCCGACACGGGCCGGUACAGCUGGGACUGGAGCAGUGGGGCCACACCCUCCCGCGAGCUGCAGCCCCCAGUGGACCACACGCUGGGCACAGAGGCAGGGCACUUCGUGCUCUUCCAAACCGGCGUGCUGGGCCCUGGGGGCCUGGCUGCCCGCCUCCACAGCCAGCCCCUGCCCGCGACCCCGGCCUCCUGCCUGCGCUUCUGGUACCACAUGGCCUUCCCUGAGCAUUUCUACAAGGGCCAGCUGAAGGUGUUGCUGCUCAGUGCCCGAGGCCAGCUGAUCCUGUGGGGUGCGGACGGGAGCCACCGGCACCAGUGGCUGGAAGGCCAGGUGGACGUGGCCAGCACCGACGAGUUCCAGAUCGUGUUUGAAGCCACUGUGGGCAGCCAGCCAGCCCUGGGACCCAUCGCCCUGGACGACAUUGAGUAUCUACCUGGGCAGCAGUGCCAGCUGUCCAGCCCCGACCAGGGACACAGGGCUACGGCCACGUGGGUCCCGGCUGCAGUUGGCGGUGCCCUCAUCCUACUCACACUGCUGGCAUUUGGGAGCUGGCACUGGCUGGCACGGAGACGUGGCUGCCCGCUGCAGGACGAGGCAGCUACAGCCCCAGGCUUUGACAAUGUUCUCUUCAAUGCGGACCGUGUCUCCCUCCCAGCAGCACUCAGCAGCAGCCCGGCCCCCAAGAGCUAG